AUGUUUAACGGUAUGAUGGAUCCCGAUUUGAUCAGAAUCGCUCAGGAACAAAUGAGUCGCAUGUCUCCCGCUGAUAUGGCUCGGAUCCAACAACAGAUGAUGUCGAAUCCAGAUUUGAUGAGGAUGGCUUCCGAGAGUAUGAAGAAUAUGAAUCCUGAGGAUUUUAAGCUUGCUGCUGAACAGUUGAAGCAUACUCGGCCGGAAGAAAUGGCGGAGAUUGGUCAGAAGAUGGCUAAUGCGUCGCCGGAUGAAGUUGCGGCUAUGCGUGCUCACGCGGAUGCGCAGAUUAAGUAUCAAUUGAGUGCGGCGGAGAUGUUGAAGAAGCAGGGAAAUGAACUUCACAAUCAAGGAAAGUUCGAUGAUGCUUUGCAGAAGUAUAAGUUGGCCAAGGAAAACAUCAAAGAGAUUCCAUCUUUUCAAAGUAGAAAACUUCUUUUGGCAUGCUCACUUAACUUGAUGGCCUGCUACUUGAAGACAAGGAAGUAUGAUGAAUGCAUAAAAGAAGGUUCUGAGGUUUUGGCGUAUGACGCAAAGAACCUCAAGGCUCUUUAUCGAAGAGGCCAGGCAUAUAAGGAACGAGGCCUGCUACAGGAUGCCGUCACUGAUUUGAGCAAUGCACUUGAAGUGUCUCCUGAUGAUGAUAUAAUUGGAGAGCUUUUACGGGACACCAAAGAACAGUUGAUAAAGGAAGGUGGUCAUUGUGCUCCUGGAAGAUUAGUAAUUGAAGAAAUAACUGAAGAAGUUGAGAAUGUGCCUUCUGGAAACAACAGAAACUCUUCUACCGAACAAACGAUUGAUCAACCAAAAAAGUCUGGCGACUCUUCUAAGAGUUACAAUAUAGCUAACAAUGGAAAUCUAAAAUCAAAUUCAGACAGUAUAGAUACACUGAAGAAAGAUCCAGAAGCCAUCAGAUCAUUCCAAAAUUUUAUUUCCAAAGCUGAUCCUGCCACUCUGGCUUCUUUGAACAUUGGGCAAUCCCAAGACGUGUCUCCAGAUAUGAUUAAAGCGUCCUCGGAUAUGAUCGGCAAGAUGUCACCUGAGGAACUUCAAAAAAUGUUCGACAUGGCGUCUUCAUUUCAAGGGAACAACCCAUUUCUCAGAGGAGGUUCCUCUGAUUCUCCUUUCAACUCUGGAUCAGUUCCUCCCAAUGUGACACCUAAUAUGCUUAAAACAGCAACUGAUAUGAUAAGUAAAAUGCCACCGGAUGACCUUAAGAAGAUGUUUGAAAUGGCAUCCUUAAUGAAAGGGAAAGAAUCUAUUCCAUCAGCAGCAGCUGUAGACAAGAAAGAAAGAAAUUUGUCACAGUCAAACUUCCCAUCCUCAAGCACCACUCGUGCUUUUGGAGAAUCAAGUUCUUCUGACAAUGCGUUUUCAAAUAUUAUAAAUGCUUCAGAGCCAAACUUCCCAUCCUCAAGUACUGAUUUACAAGAACAGAUGAGAAACCAGAUGAAAGAUCCAGCUAUGCGACAGAUGUUCACAUCAUUGGUUAAAAAUAUGAGCCCAGAAAUGAUGGCAAACAUGGGAAAACAAUUUGGUUUCGAUCUUUCACCAGAAGACGCUGAAAAAGCUCAGCAAGCCAUGUCAUCCAUAUCACCAGAGAAAUUGGAGAAAAUGAUGCUUUGGGCGGACAGGCUUCAAAGAGGGGCUGAAUGUGCAAAAAAGACAAAGAACUGGUUUCUAGGGAAAUCAGGCCUUGUCUUUGCAAUAUGCAUGCUCAUUUUGGCUUUCAUUCUUCACCGGUUAGGUUUCAUUGGUAGCUAG